AAUACACACAUAUGAGUAAUAAAACCACUGAACUAAAUAUGUACUUAGUGCAGUGAAGGCGUGAACUAUCUAGUAUCUACUUCUAAUACUUUAAGUUACAAUCAUGGUCCAUAAAAUAUAUUCAACACUGCAACCAUGGUUAAAAAUAAAAAUAAUUUUGCCGCCAAAAAUCGUUAUCAAUUUAACCUAAAAAAACUGAUAGAUUACAACAAUUAACAGAACACAAAUCGAAUCUCAGGAUUUUCCGUUAAUUUUGUGUUUUCAAUAUAUUAUUAUUAUUUUAUGAUUUCAAUUCGUAAAUAUUACGCAUGUUUUUAAUUUCACUUUCACAGUUUCACUUUUAAGCUCUAUUCCAUUAAAACUGAAUGUACUACUUGUAAUUUAUUUGUUUCUAUCUAUAUUACCAUUAAAAACAUUAAACAAUGGCUACCAAACAACAGAGUCAAAACGCCAUCACUCUCAAAGGGUCUGCGAAAUUGGUUAUGGACUAUUUAAAUUUUGGAAUUAACAGUAUUCUUUUUCAACGGGGUAUUUACCCACCGGAAUCAUUCAAAACCGAAGAACAUUUUGGUCUAUCAAUUCUUGUGUCAACCGACAAUAAAAUUCAACAGUUCCUACAACCUGUUCUCAACCAAAUGAAAGAUUGGCUAUUAGAACAAAAAAUUCAAAAAAUGUCAAUGGUUAUAUCCAAUGUUAACACCAAAGAAGUAAUGGAACGUUGGGAUUUCAAAUUGCAGUAUGAAGGAUCUGGCGAUUCCAAUCCAGACUCUGUUGGAAAUAAGGAGUUAUCAAUAAUCCAAAAAGAAAUUAGAGAUGUAUUAAGGCAAAUUUGUUCUACUGUUAGUUUUUUACCUUUACUUGACUGUCCAUGUGCCUUUGACUUGCAAAUAUACACUAAACCUGAUGUAGAUGUACCACAAGAAUGGGCUGAAACUGCUCCUAGUUAUAUUGCUAAUUCUCAAGAGUUACAGUUGAGAUCAUUUUCAACUUCAUUGCAUAGAAUGGAUACUGUUGUGAGUUAUAAAGCAGACUUUUAAAAUGAAUGUCUGUCAAUAAAUUGAUCAAAUUAAUUAAGUUUUUAUGCUAAUUUUUGUAUAAAUUAAUUGUAUUGUUUAUACUACAAAUUUCAAGUUCAGUGAUAAAUGAUUUUUAUAUUUAAGAAGCUAAUAUUUUUUUAUAAACUACUACUUUAGCUAAUCAUAAGUUAAAUAAUAAUUGUUUUUGUUUAUCCCAUUAAACUAUUUUUUAUAAUCACAA